UUCUCUCUGAUCCGUGGUAAUGUUUUCUUCAGAAAAUAUCAAUAUGUGCAACCAGUUUUAUUUAAAAUAGGAUAAUUUUUAACUUAUGGUACAUCAAUGUUUCAUUUCACAUCUGGCAAUGCUGAUUUCCAGCCCGGACACUAAUUUUGGUUACACUCACUUUCACGCUGCUCGUAAAAUAGCAGGCUAAACAUGCUAAAGGUAAACAACAAUGAAGGAGUUUAUUGGAAAAGUUGAUGCAGCUCGUCAUUUGGGAGCAUGCAGGCGGAAUUUCGUGCUCCCCGGCGACGCUGCCGGGUUUAUGAAGAGUACGAAGCGCCGUUCCCUGUGAGCCGCAGCCCGGAGGAGAGGAGCUCUUUCCGGGCGGAGCUCGUCAACCAACACGUUCUGGUUUGCUUACCAGACCACAUCCACAAGAUUUACAAACAGGGGUACUUUGGUAAAGGUGUCCUCUCAAGAGCCAGGCCGGACCACAGUAUUUCUGACCAGUGGGACCAGCAUGAAGGUUUGCUACUUCCUGUCCUCACACAGUCCAGGUAUGACCAGCUGCUCGGGUGGGCGGAGUCUGCGCUCUUGGCUCAGGGAUUGAUUAAAGAAGCUGUCAGUCAGAUCCUGCAACCGCUGUCUCUGCCUGUAGGAAUUGAGGAUGUAAGGCGGGAAACAGGAAGCAGAGAGAAUGGCGAGGGGUCAGGGGCAGACAGUCAAGCACCCCCCAAUGCCAAGAGGCUGCGGCUGAUGUCAGGAGUCACGUUGGAGGCAGGGACAAGCUGCUGGUCGGAAGACACACAAGACUCCAGUCUUAGUCCUGACCAGCUUUGUGAACGUAGCCGUGAUUUGGACUCUGACCAGGACUCGAACUCGGACUCUGAUUUAGAUCCUGAAUCACUUGUUCCAGGUCCAGGUUUUGUCCUUGUGGUCUCUGACGCUGAUGGCGAUGCCGCGACCAGGCUGGUGCGACGUAAUCCUUUCUAUCUAACAGAAUAUUUACAACUCAGCCUGGAGGAGGCUUUCUUCCUGGUGUACAGCCUCGGCUGUCUGUCUGUCCACAUGCAACAGGAGCCCCUGUCAAUCAUCCAGCUGUGGAAGAAAUUACGGUCGCUGAGACCUGAUUUUAUCAGUUCCUACGCAGCAUAUCAUCACUUUCGCAGCAGGGGGUGGGUCCCCAAAGAAGGAAGUGGCGCCAAGUAUGGCGUUGAUCUCUUGUUGUACAGAAAAGGCCCCCCUUUCUACCACGCCAGUUAUUCUGUGGUAGUAGAAAAGGUGGAUGAUAGUUUCACCGGCUCAGCGCUACGUCCGUUUUCAUGGCGGUCUCUGGCAGCUCUCGGUCGCAUCACUGCUAACGUCUCCAAGGAGCUCAUGUUGUGUUACAUUGUCUACCCAGUUGACCUAUCAGAGGCCGAGCUAGACUCACCUGCGUGUCUAAGCAAACUGAAGGUUCAGGAGGUUAUUAUCAGCAGGUGGGUUUCCUCCAAAGAACGAGCUGAGCCGGACGACAUCUGAUUGGCUGAGGGUGCAUGUCGUUAUUGAAACUUUUAGUACAGAAGUGCCUAAGUUUACAACAUUCACAGUUUUUGGGAUACAAUCUGUUCUAUACCAUUGUCCUCAUAAUGUUUCAAUUCAAUUGUUUUGCUUAAGUCCAGCCCCCCGCGAUCCUGAGUGAGACACACGGUAGAAACUUAAUGAAUAGUUUGCAAGCAAGAUUUCGGGUUACGGGCCUCCCCAUUGCUAGUUAGCGUAGCAAAUGUCACAGUUAACCCGAGCAAUACAUUUGGCUUUUUACUUGUUAGCUUAAUAGCUAGCAAGACAUAUCUUUUGUUUUUCCAACCAUGGCAGCAAAGAACAUGAGUGUGAUGAGAAGAAGAAGGAGAUGAUAUGUUUUCAAUUUGUUUUUAGAUAAAUAAAUCAUCUAAAAACAUG